UCUCAAUCGGAUCUAAUAAUGACGACGUAGACGACAUGAUUGAACUUGUCGGCGAUAUGGCUGCGACCUCUUCAUCAUCGGUGUUUUCUGAUACCAGGUUCAAAUCAUUCACUUGUGUAGACAGC